GGCCUUGGGCUGAGGAUGAAGAGUGGACAGACAAAGCCAGGAGGGUGAUCAUGGAGCGAAUUGGCCUGGCCACAGCAGGGGAGCCGUACCAUGACAUCCGUUUCAACCUCAUGGCGGUGGUGCCCGACCGGAGGAUGAAAUACGAAUCUAAGCUGCACAUCCUGAAGAUGAACAGGCAGACUGUACUGGAGGCCCUGCAGCAGCUUAUCCGGGUAACUCAGCCGGAGCUGAUUCAGACCCAAAAGUCCCAGGAGUCUCAGCUGGCCGAGGAGUCCAAGCCGGCCAGCAGCAAGGCGUGUCUGGCACUGGAGACGAGCAGAGCACAGCUGGCCCCGGAGUGUUCACACCCAGAGAGCACUGAGGACUCUACUGGCCAGGGCCACCCUGCCUCCACACAGAGCCUGCCCAACAAAUCCAAACUGGUAACAAAGCCAUCUGGUAGCUGCAUCAACGGUGCUCCGGCAAACCCCAAUCCCAUUGUGCAGAGACUCCCAGCCUUCUUGGAUAACCACAACUACGCCAAGUCGCCCAUGCAGGAAGAGGAGGACCUUGCAGCGGGAGUGGGCCGUAGCCGGGUUCCGGUCCGCCAGCACCAGCACUACUCCGAUGAUGAGGAUGACUAUGACGAGGAGGAGGAGGAGGAAGUUUGUAACACUGCCCCUGCCAUCAGGUAUAAGAGGAAGGGGCAGGGGAAGCAGGAGGUUGUGGCCGGGGCAGCAGACAGCCAGCUCUCCAUCCUCCAGCCCAACACCAUCAACGUUCUGGCGGAGAAGCUCAAGGAGUCCCAGAAGGACCUUUCCAUCCCCCUCUCCAUCAAGACCGGGAGCGGGGGCGCCACCGUAGCCGUGGUUGCCCAUUCACAGCCCUCCCCCACGCCCAGCAAUGAGAGCACGGACACUGCCUCGGAGAUCGGCAGUGCCUUCAACUCCCCGCUGCGCUCCCCCAUCCGCUCGGCUAACCCUACCCGGCCCUCCAGCCCCGUCACCUCCCACAUCUCCAAGGUGCUCUUUGGGGAGGAGGACAGCCUGCUGCGUGUGGACUGCAUGCGGUACAACCGGGCCGUGAGGGACCUGGGGCCUAUCAUCAGCACUGGCCUGCUGUGCCUCACCGAGGAAGGGGUGUUCUGCCCUCUUGCCAUCACAGACGAUGGGAAAAGCUCCCCUCUCUCCAGCAAGCAAAGAGAAGAGGCCCAAUCUGCUGUCAGAAUGGACGAGAAGGAGGCAAGCGAGCCAAGUGACAGCAAAGAGAAGGUUGCUCUCUGCAGGCCCAGCGAUCACCCUUGCGGGGAGAAGUAUUCUCCCAAAGAGCUGCUGGCGCUGCUGAAGUGCGUGGAAGCCGAGAUUGUGAACUAUGAGGCCUGCCUGAAGGAGGAGGUGGAGAAGAGGAAAAAAUUCAAGAUUGAUGACCAGAGAAGAACCCACAACUAUGAUGAAUUCAUCUGCACCUUUAUCUCCAUGCUGGCUCAGGAAGGAAUGCUGGCCAGCCUCGUGGAGCAGAACAUCUCUGUCCGCAGACGCCAAGGAGUCAGCAUUGGGCGUCUCCACAAGCAGAGGAAGCCGGAUCGCCGGAAACGCUCCCGUCCAUAUAAAGCCAAGCGCCAGUAGUGGCAUCCUUGUGGUCAAGAGGGGGAGCAGAACCGUGUGCCCACAUUGCUCGU